AUGUCUUUUGAGGGCGGCCACGGCGCCGGGCCGGCCAUGCUGGCUACGGGCACACCCACGGGGACCUUUGCCUUGGCCGUGGACCGUGUCCACGGGGUCGGGGGGCUCUUUGUGAUGGAUGAGGACGCCACCCUCCAAGACCUGCCCCCCUUCUGCGAGUCGGACCCCGAGAGCACAGACGACGGCAGCCUGAGCGAGGAGACCCCCACUGGCCCCGCAGCCUACGCGGUGCCCCCAGCCUCGGCCCUCCCCACACAGCAGUAUGCCAAGUCCCUGCCCGUGUCCGUGCCAGUCUGGGCCUUCAAGGAGAAGAGGACAGAGGCGCGGUCGUCGGAUGAGGAGAAUGGGCCGGCCGGGAUCGACCAGCCUCUGCCAAUCCUCGCCGCCCUUUCGGCCGUGGCCUCCCGCGCCGGGGAGCGGGAUCUGUCCGGGCUCCCGAUUGGGUCUGUCGUCGUCUUCCGCCUAGCGACAGACUUUCUAUGA